AUGUUUCUUCAUGAUGGCUGCAAGUUUUGUGACAGGAUUGAACACCCUCCACUCCUUUUUUUUAAAAAUCGUGUCUUGAAAACUACUUCCGGUUUUCUGUUUCUUACUUUUCUGACGUUCUUUUACUCAGCUGAUCUGCAACAAUGUUUUUAUAUGAGACCACAAAUUUGUGCAGAAUUGGAGGACUUGGCAAAACAUGGAAUUACUUUACCACCCAACAUGCAAGGCCUGACAGAUGAGCAAAUUGUUGAAUUGAAGCUAAAGGAUGAAUGGGCUGAGAAAUGUCGACCAAGUGGUGGCCAUAUUGAGAAAAAAGAUGAAAUUGGGCGGAGAAAUGGAAUGGCACCCAAUCAACAAAUGGCAGAUGUAUUGAUGAAAAGUUCCAAAGAAGUCAAAGAUAUGAUUUCCAAAAAAAAGAUUGAUACUGAUAUUUGUGUCAAUCAAAAAACUGUGAAAGAUGCUUUGGACAUUCUUCGUGGAGCUGUAAUGAUUGUCUACCCCAUGGGACUGCCUCCUCAUGAACCAGUGAAAAUGGAGCUGGAAAAUAAAGAAGAUCUAUCAGGAACUCAGGCUUCCUUAGAAGUGAUUCCUAUUGAGAGUGCUGCCCUCUGGUGGGCAGGAAAGCAGUUGUUGCAUGGUAAAAAGCUGAGUGAUUUUGUUGGCAAGAAUGAGAAAACAAAAAUUGUUGCUAAACUUCAGAAGCUUGGUCAGGGUGCCCCUAGUCGAGAACCUAUUAUCAGUGAAGAUGAACAGAAACAAAUGAUGGCUUACUAUUACAGGAAACAAGAAGAGUCCAAGAAAUUGUCAUCUGAUACAGAUGACUCUUAUUUAGAUGCCAAAUGGGCCGAUAAUCAUACACUGAAAAAACAAUUCCAGGGUCUUACUGAGAUCAAAUGGGGGCCACGGUGA